AUGAGUGUUCCAGUUAGAAACUCGAAAGUUUCGUCCGGCAACCCAAUUUUGCGGUCCAUUGCAGCUACCACAGCGGACGAUGUGGCCAGCAGAUUGCAGACGGAGGAGGAACUGAUGUGCAAACCAUUCAUCACUCCAGAAGACGUUCUCAAACUUAGCAGGGCCACCGACAAUUAUCUGUGCCCUCUGGAGGCCAACAUUUAUGACAUAGAGUUCGUGCAUUUCAAACUUCGUGACGUUGACAGUGGUACAACGCUUUUCGAAGUUGCCAAGCCAGAUAAUGUUCCAGCUGUUGAUAGUGAGGGGGAUUCGUUGGACCCCAACGCUGGUAGGUUUGUCAGGUACCAAUUUAAUCCCUAUUUCCUCAAAUUGAAAACUGUCGGUGCCAUCGUGGAGUUCACGAUUGGAGACAAACCAGUUGAAAAGUUUCGGAUGGUUGAGAGGCAUUACUUCAAGGACAGACUGCUCAAGUGUUUUGAUUUUGAGUUUGGAUUCGUCAUCCCGAACAGCAAGAACACCAUGGAACAUAUCUACGAACUGCCUGAACUCUCUAAUGAAUUAUUUGACGACAUGGUAAACAGUCCUUACGAAACGAGGUCAGACAGUUUCUACUUCGUCGACAACAAGCUGGUCAUGCACAACAAGGCUGACUACGCUUAUAAUGGUUGA